UAAAUAAUUUUGUCAUCGUCUUAUUAUGAUAUUGAAUUUGAUAUUAUGAUAUACGAUGUUACGACAAUGAAAAUCAUGACAUUUAAUAUCUCCUGAAAAAAUAUCUUAAUAUGGGUUUCGGUAGGCGACAUAGUAAUGGCGUGUUACUUUCUUUUUUAAUUUUGUCUUUCUAUUAUUUCCAAAUGUAAUAAUAUCAGACUCCGAUAUAAAAUCCCAUCUGAUAAAACUGAGUGAUUGAACAUUUAAAAACUCAAAUGAAGUAAAUGACACUACAUGAUAGAUUUAUUAUUAUUUAUUAAAUAGAAUACAAUGUUCGUGCUGUUAUCUAUAUUUGUGUUAUAAUGAAAUUGAACAAAUUCGGAAAGAUAUGUACAAAUUGUUAAGAAAUAAUGUUUAAUUACCUAAGAUCUAUAUAUAAGAUUAUAUAUAACCUUACUUAGGUAUUAAUAAAUUAUAAAAGAAUUAUGAACUGUAUUAAUUAAAUAAUAAUUAAGUCAAAAAACAGUAUCUGUGGAUGAUCAAAAGUUGACCAUGAUUUGUUCGAGCAGCAUAUUAGCACAUUUAGUGAAACUCUUUGUGACACUUUGUUGUAUGAGAACUCUCAAUAAUACAUAUGAUAAAACAAGUAUCUGGUCCUUUCGUGCCUUUCAAAUUCUACUUUCACAUGCCAUAGUAGGAGCAUUCAGAUUUGGAGUUCCACUUUUUACAUCAGGAACCAAUAUAAUAAAAUUCUUAAGAAUUUUUUAUGAUUGGUACUCCAAGAUAGUGGAUGUUAUACCACUGGCAUUGUUUACUGGUGGUAUCCUACAAGGAUAUGGGAUUAGUGAAAAAAUCCGACUUAUAAUACUUUCAUUGGGCAUUUUGCCAGUAUUUUUUCAUUUACAGCCAAAGCGAAAAGAAAACCAAAUGAGAAGACAUCAAUUAUUAAUAAAUAUUACUACUACUCUGCAAUUGUUAAUGAUUAUGUUGAUUGGUUUGAGAAACAAUAAUUACAAUGUUAUUAGUUUAGUUAUGUCGUAUAUAUUUGAACGUUUUUUUAUUGAUGAAUUUUGUUAUUAUUAUGAUAUCCCAAGUACUGAUCUAACUCAAUAUUCUCUAUGUUUUGUAGAAAUUUUUAUGGUUUUGACAUUGAAUGAAAUGUGAUAAAAAUAUAUAUAUGAUAACAUAAGAAUAUAAAAUGAUAAGAAUAUAAUAUUAUAUCUUUUAUGCUAGGUUCAUAAUGAUACUAAUAAAUAGCAGAGCAGAUCAAGCAAUUAUAGUUUGUUCGCUCAAUUUUUGAAUAA